AUUAGCAUCCAGGGGUUCGGACGCACUGAUGAUGGAUUGACCAUCCCAUUCCCUAUACUCUACAUAUGUACAAUUCCAAGUGGAAUAGACUUAUUUAUAACAACCAACAUCAACAACAACAACAACUAUAAUAUAUUAUAUAUUUAUAACAAUCAAUCCAAUCCAAUCAUCACAGUAAUAAACAAUCCAACCUUCACCAUUGUGUUACAA